CCACCACUCAAAAUGAGGCGGUUUGCACGGCCCUUGUCGGGCCUCGUUGUGGCGUCGUCUUCAAACCCUGCGUCGAUCUCUGCGUCAUGCCUGUCAGCGGUGACGCCGCAGCCCUGUGGUGCAGUGAGGGUAACGCGAAGGCACUUCGCCGUCACGGAGAAGCAGGUCGAAGAAGCAGAGGUACGGAACAAAACACAGCCGAGAAACAGGAGAAAGGAAGGAAGGGAAGAUCUGAAUGAGUCAGUGCACCGUUCUAGCUAGUUUGAUUGUGUGUUGUGAUGCUCGUGUCGUGUGGGUGGUGCAGAAGCUCAAGGAAUGGUUGUUUGCUGCGCGCACGAUGGACCCCUACACACUCAUGAGCUGGUGAAUGAGAUGAGAUGAUCACCGACAAGCACUCGCCACCUGUUUGCCGCCUGUGUGGUGUGUGGUGUGUGUGACGGCCCUAUGCAUUUGUCCACUCACUCCCGUCCCGUCGGUCAGCCCGCUCAAGUAUGAGGUAGAUCAUGCCAAUGUGGCGCGUCAGCGCAUCCGGAUUAUGGACAAGCUCGACCCCCCGCAGAUGGCGGUGGCUGGCAUGUACUCCUCCACACAGAUGGGCGCCGACGUCGAUGGACAGGUCAGCCACCGACAGACAGACACGGAAUGAAGCGAUGAAUCCAGCAAGGCGUCUGUUACGUUGUAUUGUGUCGUGUUGUGUUGUGUUGUGUGUGGGAUCUGUGCAGACGAUGCUGCGAAUCAUUGACGAAGUGAUUGACCGCAUGGAGGAUGCCUGUGACACCCUGUACGAUCCUGCGAGGCGCGCAGCGGCACUGCUGGAGUGCAAGUACGGUGUCAAGGUCAGUCAGUCUCUCACAGCCAGCCUCUCACACACACUUACGUGUGCAUUCGUCCAUGGCUCCAUCCAUUCAUCCAUCCGUCCAUCAGGUUGCGGGUGUGCUGCCUCCGCCCCGUCCGCACCCCGAGUCGACCACCCUCUACCGCCUGGCGCCCAGUGUAGGAAAGAUCUCGGACAAGGAGCCCAUCGAAUGGGAAAAGCAGGUGCUGAAAGUCGAAUCGCCCAAGGAAGACACGGAGGUACGAACAGGCACACAGACACCCACACAUCCACCCAAGACAUGCACACGCACACGCGGCAAUCGACGGUGUGUUCGGGUUGUCUGCAGUUAACGGCCGGUCCGCCGGCGACCAAGCCGUGAGCAGACGCCGCAGAUAGAUAUACCACGAUAUCGACGCACUACAUUUCACUUUUUGCCUGCUCUCCUCCCCCUCUCUCGGUGUGUGUGAGGGUCAGGUAUGCGUUGACGGGUAAGGGUCCUUCGGCCAUGGAGGUGGUGCAGAAGACACUCGACGCGGUGUCGCGGUUCGACGCCGACCUGGAGAGCACCGCUGGCGUGCUCAGACACCUCAAACGGUCAACCACACACACAGACGCAGACCGCCAACAGCCAGACACACACAAAGCACUCAACUCGCCUGUGUGUGUGUGUGUGUGUGUGCAGUGACUACAAGGAGAAGGCCGACGAGAGUGAACAGAAGCUCAAGGAACUCUUCAAGGCCGAGAAGGUGUGAGAGAAAGAACAGUCCCUGGAUCAUUGCGUGUGUGCAUGGGGUGUGCUGCUUGCUUCUGUUGUGGUGGUGGUGGUCGUCAGUUGGACGAGAAGGCAGCUAUCAAGGCGCUGGAGGAUCUGGCCUUCUACUCGGCGGGCGUCAAGGAGAUCGAGGACAGCCCACCCAUGCAGAUGGUACCCCCAGAAACACACACACGUGCACACACACGACAAGACACGCCAUCUAUGUAUCCCUCCCUCUGUGCGCCCACCCACACAGCUGAAGCGCCACGGCUUCCCCACGAUCUUCGGCAUGGACAAGGGGGCGUUCUACCUGACCAAACCCGGCGUCGCCCCACAAUAGCACACCCAUUCACACGGACACCCACGACUCUGUUGUAUGUG